AAUAUUGUACAAGAUGUGUUUGAUUUCACAGCUACUUCGACACCUGAGAAAAAUCAUAUGACAGAAAUUUCCAUGACGGGAAACCCACUUCCCGUCACUGAAAAUACUGAUGAGAAAAAUUCCGUAGUUAUACUAUCUGUAGCGAAGA